CACUAAAUACAAGCCGCCACUGAAACAUCUCAAAAACACCAUCACUUAAAGUAUCAUGUGUAGUACCUCGCUGAACAAGCUCAUAUAUUACCACUCUGUUUCGCUACUGUGAGUAUAUAUCGACCAGAAAGGGACCAGCAGAGUCUUAUUGCAUGAGCUGAAUUUUGCCACGAAUCUACGCAAAGAAUAUACGAUGAAGGACCAAUCGUCGGCGCAGGGCAAAGGAUCAAACUUUAGCGUACUUGCUUGGCUGGAAGGACUUAAUCUCAAACAGUACUAUGACGCGUUCUUGGACGAGGGCUACGACCAGUUCGAUGCGAUUGUCGAUAUCACAGAGGAUGAAUUAGCAAACACACUCAAUGUCAAGAAAGGACACGUUAAAGUCCUCCUGAAGAACCUUCCAACAGCGCCCAAGGCCAAAAAAGAACCCAAGACUCCCACCAAGAAGAAGGACCCCCCCGCCACAACACAGGCCACCAAGCCCAAAGCAAUCACACAGGCGCCGCAAGCCCAACAACAGUAUGGUGUAGCGCCUGCUAUGAUGUCUCAGCAGAUGGUGCGCGCGCCUGUGUAUGCCAUGCACAGACCACCUCUGCCACAGAAACUGGCGGCAAUCGAAGGCCCGAAGAAACGGGGCCGCAAGAAACGGUCCGAUACUCCUGUCGCCAUACAGUCGACAUACAUCCAUCCCUCCGAGCAUCCACAGAGACCCCCGCAGGGAGUGCCCAGGUAUAUGCCAUACCCCCCAAAUGUAGCACCUCCACGUGUCGAUGGCCAAAGGAGGGGCUUAGAACCGUCGCAGUCAACAGUGCGUCUGUACAUGCAACAGAAUGGGGUGCCCGUGCCACAACAGUACCCGUACUCUAUGAUUAUGGACAAGCGCAAUGUGCCGGCCGCUGCGGAAAAGCCGGAAGCUCCCCCAGUCGCCAAAAAACGGGGCAGAAGGCCCAGGUGCACGACCAUAGACCUCAAACCAAUCAACCACGGCUCCCUAGCACCAGCCCCACCCCACGGGGCCCGGGUCAUGGCCCUUGCACCGGGACAAAUACCCCCAGGACAGCCCUACGGCCCUAUGAUGAGCCACUACCAGCAGUAUGGCCAGCCCAGGGCGUUCUACCCACCCCCCCAGCCUCCCCUACCCCCCUCUCAGCCCAAGAAGCUGAGUGCCGCCAAGGCCAAACGCACGGGCCAAAGCAUACCCGCAGCACCGCCCAUCACCUCAAUAGCAACCUCACCACCCCUCCCACCGCCACAAAAGGUUAGGGCAAUCACAGCCGCACCCACUGCUACUGCUACUGCAGAUGCACAGGCGAGUGGGACUGACACGCACAGGCCCCCCAGCAGCAACGACAACAGCACCCGACCAUCCACCCACCCCCACCCAACCACGCAGACUGCGGAGUUCCAUCACGCGGCUAUGGCGGCCAAGCUCUCGCAAGACACUGACCUGGCAACGGCACAAGCAGUCAUGGCCCUGACCAAUGGGCCCGAUGCCCUGGCUGUGCCGACGGGUAUGCCUAUGGAGUUAUGACAACGGCACAUCGCCAACCGGGUGCCACGUCUCGCUCUAUCAUGACUGUAGGCUUAGCGGGGUGUGGUUUAAGGUAUUAGGAUUUACUUAAACCCCUAAAACAUACGCCUGUGCCGACGGAUCCAUUGGCUGCAGAAGGGAUAAUCAGGUGUUUGGUAUAUACCACUCCCGUGCACCUAAAAUUUCGGCCGGCAAGUACUCAACGCACCACCAUACGUCACUGUCAACGGCAGAUCAUACCUAUCACCAAGCUGUGCAAAUUGGCGUACAAAUACACACACACAAACGGAAACACUGCAGGUGAACUUCGGGAUUUGAGAACAGGUAUGCUGCAAGCACGCACAACCCCCCACACACACACCGCACAAAAUACAGACCCAUUCCUCACCAAACGAGGAUAUCUGUGAUCUGUGUGCUGUGCUGCACCUGAGACGACAGUGUCAUUGCCAGACAGACGUACACGAACAGGGAGCAAAGCCCGUUGCGUUAAAUGUGCGCAAACGUCUCUGCCUGUCACGUGGCCAAGGCAUCCAACGCCACACGUGUCAUGCUAGUGCUUGCGUAGUGCAUAAAGGACUUCGCACAGCACACCACACUAUCGUAUCAUAUUCGCGCUUGUGCAUGUACAUGUACUGACACAUAAUAUGUGCAUGUAUGUGUAAUGGCUUAUUAUAUGUAUAUGGUACGGCUUAUUAUAUGUCGACAUGGAAAGAACCGCACACCGGCGGAGGACUACUCUAUAGGCGGAUAUGCACUCACUUGCGCACAGGUAGUGACCGUCUGCGGAUAGUACGUCAACUCCUCAAGUUGAAGAGCCGAUCACCAUCCCACUAUGGCUUGUAAUGACUGGCGGCUGCACCUAGCAACAGAGAUAGAGAGAGAGACUCUCAGAUGUAAAUUAUCAAUCAAAGAAAUGAAAAGCAAUUCACG